CUAAAACCACUUUUACAAAGUCUCUGAUAGACGUGGGAGGAGGAGCGAGGAUGACAUUUAUAUCAGAUGAAGAGUUCUGACUGUGUCACAGCUGAACAGACGUCUCAUCGUGUCGGAGCAGCUGCAGAUGAGAUUCAUGAGGACGUCUUCACAGUUUUUCAGCUCUCAGUCAUGAAGAGGUGUGGACUGAUCCUGCUGCUGCUCUCAGGUUACGUGAUGGUCUGCCAUCUUCAGUCUGAUCAGUUAGUCAGACAGCUCCACCUGGUUGACCUGCAGAAGUCCUGGAACGAUGCUCAGCAAUACUGCAGAGAUGAGUACAUCGACCUCGCCAUCGUUAACAGCUCAGCUCUCAUCCAGGAAGCCCAGAAAAGGGCGGGGAGCACAGAGGCGUGGAUUGGACUCUUCAACAGCGGCUGGAAAUGGUCUCAAACUGGUCCAGUUCAGUCAUCCUGGUUUAAUAUGUGGUCCCCGGGACAGCCAGGGACUGAUGAGUGUGUUACAAUAUUUAGUGAUGGAUCAUGGUUCACAAGACCGUGCUCAGCUACUUAUUUCUUUUUCUGCUAUGACGCUGCAACUAACAAACACAUCCAGGUGAAGAACUCAGUGACCUGGUCUGAUGCUCAGUCUUACUGCAGACAGACGUACACAGACCUGAGCACCAUCACCGACAUGCAGGACAACACCCAGGCCGCUUCAGUGUUGUCACUUAAUUAUCAAGCCUGGAUUGGACUGUACAGAAACUGGAUGUGGUCCAACUCAAGCAAAGCCUCCAACCUGCCGUGGGGGCCCGGGCAGCCUGAUGACAGUCUAAACUGUGCCACAAUAGUCGGAUCAACGGGCUCCUUCAACAGUCAUAACUGUGGUGACCAACGCCCCUUCCUCUGCUCCAGAGAUGUCAAACCUUCAGCCUCGAGGUCAGUGAAGGUUCAGCUGAGGGCGGGAUCUGCAGACCUGAACGACCCCACAGUGCAAGAAUCCAUCCUGCAGCAGGUGAGGGAGAAGCUGGUGGAGCAAGGGAUCAGAGAGGAGGUCAAGCUGAGGUGGAGGACGCAGCCUGAUGGGAAGAUUUUCCACAGAGAGGAGGAGACAGCCAGUGACAGUGAGGAGGAAGACUGUGAUGGUCUGUGGGAUCUGCUGGACAGCGAUGUGGUCGAGAUUCAGGCAAGGAAUGCCACUGCAGAUGUCACAGUGGAAGAGAAGACGAGGAAGCGGCUGUCAGAGUGGCGAGACGGGUUGUGGAAACCGAAAGUGAAGUACAACAGAGUAACUGAGGAGGCGGAGCUAGAAAACGUCAUAGGAGGAGGUGAGUGA